GCGACAUGAAGACGGCAGAGGAGAUCCGAUCGGAGGCAGAGUACCAGCUGAAGGUGUGGAAAGGUUUCUUGAUCUGUAUUCCUUACGCAGCGAGUAUCGGAGGGACAGCCACACUGACAGGCACCGCACCCAACCUCAUCCUGAUUGGACAGCUGAAAAGCUACUUUCCAGACUGCGACCUCAUCAAUUUUGGCUCUUGGUUUGCAUUUGCCUUCCCGCUCAUGCUUCUCUUCCUGUUUUUGGGAUGGGUUUGGAUCGCGUUUCUCCAUGGAGGUUUGAAUAUGCGAUUGUGCUUCACGAAACAUGACCAGAGAGCCCAGGCAGAGGCCAGAGCAAAGGCGCUAAUAGAGGAAGACUACAGAAAACUCGGGCCCAUAAACUUUGCAGAGGGAGCUAUCUCUUUCUUUUUUAUUUUGUUUGCCGUUCUGCUCUUCACAAGAGAUCCCAAAUUUGUCCCUGGCUGGUCUGUGUUUUUUAAAAAGGGGUACGUGUCAGACGCAGUCACUGGUGUGAUCAUUGUGUCCAUAUUGUUCUUCUUCCCCUCGCAGAAACCUUCUCUGAGCUGGUGGUUCGACCCUCAAG